GGAUGCAGCUGCCGGACCGAGCCCCUCCUCGGAGAGGCGGCGCCUGCGCCCGGUGACAUCAGCCCCGGGGACCGGGAUGCUGAGCCCGGCUCGGGGAAGGCGGAUCCCGCUCCGCUUCCAGCUCCGCAUCCCGACAGGGCAGAGGGGGGAGCGGGACGUGGCCCCCCUCCCGUGACCCCCCCGCGGCCACCCGCGUCCCCGCAGGAGCGGGGGGUCCCUGCGGGCGCUGCGGGGUGGGUGGCAGGGGAUGCUGCGGUAGCAGCCACGGAUGCUCGCCCUGCUCCUCUCCCUGCACACCCUGGGCCGGUCCCUGGCCAUGGCGAGCGCGGAGCGGCUGACGGUGCCCGAGUGUGUGAGCCGGGCGGGCGGCUGGGCGGGCGGGGGCAGCGCCCGGGAGCACCGGGGGGUCUCCCCAGGGGUGAGCACCGAGGUGCGGGAGGCGCUGGAGCGGGUCCUGCCCGCCUUGCGCCGGGCCAUCGCCCAAGCCACGCAGGCGACCACCCCCGAGGGGCUGCGGGCGGCCAUCACCGAGGUGUUCCGCCUGGUGGAGGAGGCCUGGGGGAUGCCCGCGCUGGGGAGGGACGUGGCCAAGGUGCUGUGCGAUGUGAUCCGCCUGGAGGGGGGCCUGGACCUGCUGCUCAACCUGCUGUAUACCGCCGAUCUGGAGACCAAGUGCCAGGCAGGAAAACUCCUGGAGCAGAUCCUGGUGGCAGAAAACAGGGAUCGGAUUGCUCGGAUCGGCCUGGGCGUGAUUCUGAACUUAGCCAAGGAGCGAGAUGUUCCCCAGCUGGUGCAAAGCGUCUCUGGGAUCCUGGAGCACAUGUUCAAACACACUGAGGAGACCUGUUUCCAGCUCAUCUCUGACGGAGGCCUGGAUGCCAUCCUGUACUGGUGCCGCUGGACGGACCCCAUCGUGCUGCGGCACUGUGCCAUGGCCUUGGCCAACUGUGCCAUGUACGGAGGGCAGGCCAACCAGCGCCUGAUGAUCGAGAAGAGGGCAGCAGAGUGGCUUUUCCCUCUGGUGUUCUCAAAGGAUGACGAACUCAUCCGGCUGCACGCGUGCCUGGCCAUCACGGUGCUGGCCACCAACAAGGAAAUCGAGAAGGAGGUGGAGCGCUCGGGGACUCUGGCUCUGGUGGAGCCGUUCAUCGCCUCGCUGGACCCGGAGCGGUUCGCCUGCGAGAUGCUGGGCAGCAGUGACAACGUCCAGGGGCGGACGGCGGAGGACCUGCAGCAGCUCGUGCCCCUGCUGGACAGCUCACGGCUGGAAGCCCAGUGCAUCGCUGCCUUCUACCUCUGCACCGAGGCCACCAUCAAAACCAGGCAGAAGAAAACACAGAUUUUCGGUGAGAUCGGGGCUACGCAGAGCCUGAAGAGGAUAGUGUGCUACUCCACCAGCAGCACCACCUCCUCCCUGGCCAAAAAGGUGCUGCGCAUGAUAGGGGAGGAGGUUCCUCGGCGCAUCCUGCCCACGGUUCCCAACUGGAAGUCCUGCGAGGUGCAGACGUGGCUGCAGCAGAUCGGAUUCAACAAAUACUGCCAGAGAUUUCUGGAUCACCAGGUGGAUGGGGACAUUCUGCUGAGGCUGACAGAGAAGGAGCUGCAAGAGGAUUUGGGGAUGGACUCCAGCAUCACUCGGAAAAGGUUUUUCCGGGAGCUGACAGAGCUCAAGACCUUUGCAAACUAUUCCACCUGCGACCGCAGCAACCUGGCCGACUGGCUGGGCGGCAUCGACCCCAAAUUCCGGCAGUACACCUACAACCUGCUCACCUGCGGCAUCAACCGCAACUUCCUGCACCGGGUGACGGAGCAGCAGCUGCAGGAGGACUGUCACAUCAACACGGGCUUCCACCGCGUCCGCAUCCUCACCGCGGCCAGGGAAACGCUUCACUCCCCUAUAACACUGCAAACCACGUCUAACGGGACUGAUGUGUUCAUCAGCUACCGGAGGAGCACGGGGUCGCAGCUGGCCAGCCUGCUGAAGGUCCACCUGCAGCUGCACGGUUUCAGCGUGUUCAUUGACGUGGAGAAGCUGGAGGCAGGGAAGUUUGAGGACAAGCUGAUCCAGAGCGUCAUGAGCGCCCGCAAUUUUGUGCUGGUCCUCUCACCAAAUGCACUGGAUAAAUGCAUGGAAGACCCCGAGUGCAAGGACUGGGUACACAAGGAGAUCGUGACAGCCUUGAACUCUGGAAAGAACAUUGUACCUGUUACAGACCAUUUUGAGUGGCCAGACCCAGAAACGCUUCCCAAGGACAUGAGGGCUGUCCUGAAAUUUAAUGGUAUCAAGUGGUCCCAUGAGUACCAGGAGGCCACGAUCGAAAAAAUAAUCCGCUUUCUCCAGGGCCGCUCUUCCCGGGACUCCUCGGCUGGGUCAGAGAAUGGGCUGGACUGCUUGCUGUCCGUGGGGCAGAGCUAGAACCAGCACAGCUGCCUCAUCCCCCACAGAGACUUCCCAGGUGACCCCUUUUUGUGUGGGUCCCAAUUUGUCUCUCUUGACUCUUUCCCAUCUUAGUAUCCUGGCUUGAGAGAAGGCCUGUGGCUCAUUACUCCCUCUUCACCCUCCAAAUACAAGCCCUUGGACCUAAAAGGUCGGUACUCACUCACACAGCACCUGGUGAGCCAAGUCUGGGUGGACUCCAGGAUGGAUAAAUUGUCUUCCACAUCCUCCUGUGGGACAGCAGGACGUGCAGGGGGUGUGAGGGAGACUGGCACCAUCCAGCCCCUCACAAGCAGCUGCAGCUUCCCCCAGAAACACGUGCAAAGAGGCAGGAUCUUCUAAGGGCUGAAAACUGGGGAACUCGUGAGGAUCCAUUGCGAAAGGACACAUGGGAGAGAAGAACAACUGACAGGAAAUGGUCCAUAAGCACCGUGUGGCUCUGCUUGUGCCAUGGCAAUAUCCUUGUGGUCAGCAACUGAGAGCAGGAAAGGGCAAAUAAAAGCUAAGCCCUAACAAAAUCCCUGUGUUUGGCAAAGAUAACACACAGAGGCCUUCUGAACUGCUUUCUCUUUUCCAGUAAUGUCCCUUUAUCACAAGAGCUCAAUCCCUCCUCGAGGGCCUUCCACCUCCCAGUGCUGCAAAACCACUGUGUGCUCUUAACUCUGGCAAUGCAAGUUUGGGGUUAGACCAUGUGAAGUUUCUGCAGGAUCUCUCCAGAAGUGCUUUUAAAACACCCUCCUUCUCUCCAUCUGAUGUCUCAGCUUCACCACUCUUAUCAGGUCUGUACUUCUAGGGUGUGGGAGGCUGGACAGUGACUCUGGAAAACAUAUCUCCAUGCAGAUAGGCAAGAUGCUAAUUGCUGUGCUGUACUCAUGGGGUUAUUAUCCACUGGCUGUAUUUUAUUCUGUCACUGCUCCACAUCACACACCCCAACAGCCCUGGCUGAGCUCCUCGGGGUUGUCCCUACUCACUGAUGGAUGCAGUACCAAGUAGCAUUUGUUUCUUUCUACCGAGCUCUUCUCAACACCCACAGGGGCUUUUUGCAGCUACUCACCUUAAAAUAUCAAGGAAGAGUAAAGCUGAUGCAAAGGGCUGGCAAAAGAUGCUAGGAGUGAGCCGCUGGGACCAGGACUGGCACUGCCUGCUGCUAACACUGCUGGUGAGGAACCACGGGCAUCCUGACACAAAUCCCUGAAUUCCACGCUCCCAGCCUUGUCCUGCUUCUCCCACCUGCUUGGAGGGCGAGCAGCCAUUUUGCAAUUAGGAGCAGGAAUUGCAUCUCCUACCUAAGUUUGUAUUUUUUAAUGCAAAGUGAGUAAUGCAAAGAGACAUUCUUGUUCAGAGCAUGGGCAGGAGGGAGAGCACGGAGGAACACGGAAAAACACCAGGCUGCCCUGAUGCUCUGAAGACCAGGCUGCUGCAUCACCCUGCAGAAGCAGCAAGCUCCUCUUCCCAUCCCUGCUCAAGAUAACUCUUUCAGGAGAUAAAGAGGAGUCUCAGCUACCUUGUCCUCCUCCUGGCUCUCCCUGAAGCCUUGCUGCCUGCCUUAACUGGCAGGAACACAAACACGUUUUCUUCUGGCUUAGACUCAUGAACAUUUCAGGGAAAAAAAAAAAAAAGAAGUUAAUUAUGGUGCUUAAUCACAGCUUUAUGGAUAGCUCUUAUCAGCCCACAGUUAAUGGCAUCUUUGCUCUCCAGUGAAAGGUUAAUAGCCAUAUCUGCCCAGAAUCCCCUAGAAAUAGAAUCUAUCUUAUCUGCAGAUUAAAUAUGAAGAAGCCAGCAGAUGAGCUCAAAGGUGAAUCUGCUGAAGCAAAAAAGCCACUUGUGAGCUGCUUCAGGGAAAAGUCUUGAAUAACUGAUUGAAUGUCAAGGCCUCCAUGGCCACUGAAGGAGUCCCACACAAACAGUUCUAAGGAUUUUUCUCCCUACAAUAAUACCCACUAAGAUUAUUGCAUCUUGUUUCCCAGGAGCUCUGUAGCAAUUAACCUCCUCGCCCACUAUUCAAUGUGGAGAUUUACUUAUUCUCUACAGCUCAGGUGACUCACCUGGAACAAGAUCCCAUCUCAUGCUCCAGCUGCCCAGACUGUGACUCCUCCUGUUUCUCCAUCAUUAUCUUCACCUUCAUGUACUCACCCUGCUCCUGGCAAAAUAUCUCGUACCCAGCCCCCUCCAGCUGGAGCACUCUCAAGGAAAGGAAUUCUGUCCUCACCCUCCCUUCAUUCCUUUGCUAUGUGAUGUCAAAAGUGUCUGGAGUUGUUCUAUCAGGAAUUAUUAAUAAAUCUGGUUUACACUCUAAAUCCUCACCUCAUCUCUGUGUCAUGGGCUUCUCUUUCUGCAGCCUUCUCACACUUGCUCUCCCUUGCCACCAUGCAGCAGAACUGACAUUCCCCAGGCACCAUUCCC